CAUUUUCUCUGUCUCUGAUGCUGUUGGGACUUUGAUCCUCAGAAGCAAGUGCCUUCCUAGGCACAGCUUGUCUCUUUAAAGAAGGGGACUUAAGCAGAGUGGUGUGGAGCCUGCAGCCUUCUUGAGCCUCACAGUGCCAACUCGGGGCUGAAUGUGACCAGUAUAAAGAUGGCCAAGGUCAACACCCAAUGCUCACAGCCCUCCCCAACCCAACUUUCAGUAAAGGACUCGGACAGAGACCUCGAUCAGGUAGAGAAUGGCUUCGGCAGGGUGUCACGCCUCAUCAUCUCAAUUCGCGCGUGGGCUGCCAGGCGCACACACCAUGGAGACCAGACACCUGACUCCUUUUUGGAUCGACUUCAAGGAACUGAGCUUAAGGAGGUGUCCAGCGGGGAAAGCAAUGCCAAGCCCAACCCAGGAGGACAGAAACCACCAGAUGAACAGAAAGGCAAGAAGAAGGACCCCAUUGUGGUGGACCCCUCCAGCAACAUCUACUACCGCUGGCUGACUGCCAUCGCUCUCCCGGUCUUCUAUAACUGGUGUCUACUGGUGUGCAGGGCCUGUUUUGAUGAGCUACAGUCAGAGCACCUGAUGCUGUGGCUGGUCUUGGACUACUCUGCAGAUGUCCUUUAUGUUGUGGACAUGCUGGUUCGGGCACGGACAGGUUUCCUUGAGCAAGGCUUAAUGGUCAGGGACACUAAGAGGCUGUGGAAACAUUACAGAAAGACCAUGCACUUCAAGCUGGACAUCCUGUCUCUCAUCCCCACAGACCUGGCUUAUUUAAAGUUGGGAGUGAACUACCCGGAACUGAGGUUCAACCGCCUCCUGAAGUUCUCUCGGCUCUUUGAAUUCUUUGACCGCACAGAGACAAGGACCAACUACCCAAACAUGUUCAGGAUAGGGAACCUGGUUCUGUACACACUCAUCAUCAUCCACUGGAACGCCUGCAUCUACUUUGCCAUUUCCAAGUUCAUUGGUUUUGGGACAGACUCCUGGGUCUAUCCAGAUAUCUCCAAGCCGGAGUAUGGACGUCUCUCCAGGAAGUACAUUUACAGUCUCUACUGGUCCACCCUGACCCUGACCACGAUUGGUGAGACCCCACCCCCCGUGAAGGAUGAGGAGUAUCUCUUUGUGGUCAUAGACUUCCUGGUGGGUGUCCUGAUCUUCGCCACUAUCGUAGGAAAUGUGGGCUCCAUGAUUUCCAACAUGAACGCUUCGCGGGUAGAAUUCCAGGCUAAGAUCGAUUCUAUCAAACAGUACAUGCAGUUCCGGAAAGUAACCAAGGACUUGGAGACUCGGGUUAUCCGGUGGUUUGACUAUCUGUGGGCUAACAGGAAGACGGUGGAUGAAAAGGAAGUGCUCAAAAACCUCCCAGACAAGCUGAAGGCUGAGAUCGCCAUCAACGUGCACCUGGACACGCUGAAGAAAGUCCGAAUCUUCCAGGACUGCGAGGCAGGGCUGUUGGUGGAGUUGGUGCUGAAGCUUCGUCCCGCUGUGUUCAGCCCUGGGGACUACAUAUGCAAAAAGGGGGACAUUGGAAGGGAGAUGUACAUCAUUAAGGAGGGCAAGCUGGCUGUGGUGGCUGACGAUGGGGUUACCCAGUUUGUGGUCCUCAGUGAUGGCAGUUACUUUGGAGAAAUUAGUAUCCUGAACAUUAAGGGGAGCAAGUCAGGGAACCGCAGGACGGCCAACAUCAGGAGCAUUGGCUACUCAGACCUGUUCUGCCUUUCCAAGGAUGAUCUGAUGGAGGCCCUCACCGAGUACCCAGACGCUAAGAGGGCUCUGGAGGAAAAAGGCCGACAGAUUCUGAUGAAGGACAACCUAAUUGAUGAUGACCUGGUCACGGCCAGGGCAGAUACCAGGGACAUUGAAGAGAAGGUGGAGUACCUGGAGUCCGCCCUGGACAUCCUGCAGACGAAGUUUGCCCGACUCCUGGCUGAGUACAGUGCCUCCCAGAUGAAGCUGAAACAGCGGCUCAGCCAGCUGGAGAGCCAGAUGAACAGGAGGGGUCACGGCUUCUCACCUGACGGGGAGAAUUCUGAGGAUGCUUCAAAGGCUGACUGAAAAUUCAGGUGGCUCUGCCUCCUGCUCCCCAGAGCCAGCUGUCAGUCAGACACUAUACAGCCUCGUGGUAAAAGGUUUGAUUGUGGUUUCACCUCAGUGCUACUCAUCCUUUGGGAGUGGUAUGACAGCACGGAGAGCCUUGUUUUCCUCAUCUAUGAAAUGGGACUCAUGGCUGUUGGCCCCAUAAAGUUCCAAACUAUCAUGAGGCCUGCAUGAUAUGUAGCAAGGAUUGCGGCUUUGGAAAGGGUGAAGAGUUUCCAAUCGAGUAUAUGAACGUAUGUGAGCGUGAUUCUAAUGUUUUUUAGUUAUGUUUGUAUAUGUUUGAUUGCCUGUGGAAGUCAGGAGAGGGUGUUGGAUUCCCCUGGGCUGGAGUUACAUGCUGUUGUGAGCUAUCCAGCAUGGGUGCUGGGAUCCUGUCUUCAUUAGGGUUACUAUUGCUGUG